UUGCUUCAUGCCUUUAUGAAUGUCGAAUGAUGCAAAAGUCCAAGGUGGUGGUAGUCCGGAAGAGCCGGCGUCUCGGCAAUUCCCUCUCUCGUUGGUUCGAUUUGUCAUCAGAGUAUGACGUACAAUGUAAUAGGGAAAACAAUGAUAAGAAUCCACUUGCGGCUGACGCAAAUUGAUCCAUCGUGCGUGGCAACCAUAUCGGACCGGGUUUAACCUCCUCGACCGCAGGAAGGAGGAAGCAAGCUGGUGCUUGAUGCCGCGCAGUUGCCUCGCAUGUGAAAUUACUUUUGCUCGCGCUGGAGAACAGCGCGCGGAACACAUUUUUCGCGGUUACUCCUGGCCGCAGAGAGCUCGAUGAGAUGUGAGAUUCCAACUGGGUCUGCCACCGUGCCGCGUUGGACGAGAGAAAGUCGCAGCGCAGAGAACGGGGGCCUCCGGGCCGUCAGGCCUCGCCAGAAUGAUCUCCCAAAUGUCGCACGUGAUGACCCUCGCCAACAGCAUCAUCGGCGUGAGCGUUCUGGCGAUGCCGUUCUGCUUCAAGCAGUGCGGCAUAGUGCUGGCCGUCCUGGUGCUGCUUCUGUGCAGCGCCCUGUCCCGACUGGCCUGUCACUUCCUCGUCAAGUCGGCCGUGAUCUCGAGGAGGCGCAACUUCGAGCUGCUCGCCUUCCACGCGUUCGGCCACAUGGGAAAGUUCCUCGCCGAGUUGUUCAUCAUCGGCUUCAUGCUGGGCACGUGCAUCGCCUACUUCGUCGUCGUCGGCGAUCUGGGGCCGCAGAUAGUCUGCAAGAUGAUGAGCAAGAACCCGGCCGACAUUCGCACCAGCUUGCUGAUUGUCACCGGAGUCUUCAUAGUCCUGCCCUUGGGGCUGCUCCGUAAUAUCGAUAGUCUGUCCAGCAUUUGCACCGCCACCAUUGUCUUCUAUCUCUGUCUUGUAUUAAAGAUCAUGGGCGAAUCGACCGUACAUAUUUUUAUGGGAGAUUGGUUUAACAGUGUCAAUUACUGGAGACCGGCUGGUAUCCUCCAAUGCCUACCAAUAUUUUCCAUGGCUCUUUUCUGUCAAACACAAUUGUUCGAGAUAUACGAAACCAUUCCAAACGUAUCCCUGGAGAAGAUGAACGACGUUGUACGAGGAGCGUUGAAUAUAUGUACACUUGUAUACAUGUUCGUUGGCCUGUUUGGUUACAUUGCAUUCUGUACUCAACCAUUUACAGGAAAUAUUUUAUUGAGUUUCGAGCCUAGCAUAACGUCAGAAUUGAUUAAACUGGGAUUCGUGUUUUCGGUUGCAUUUAGUUUCCCUCUAGUCAUAUUUCCAUGUCGUGCGAGCUUGAAUUCUCUUUUAUUUCGCCGGGUGUAUACCCACGAACCGUCUGUCAAUUAUCUGCCGGAGUCCAGGUUUCGAUGCCUCACGCUCGCGAUAGUCAGCAUCUCCCUGAUCAUCGGUAUUCUAGUGCCGAACAUAGAAUUCGUUCUCGGUAUCGUGGGAUCGACGAUCGGCGUGAUGAUUUGUCUGAUAUUCCCGACAGUAUUCUUUCUAUCUAUAAGCAGCAAAAAUACUAACGAAAGACUAGUGGCACAGUGCAUUUUAAUCGUCGGCGUUUGGAUCAUGAUUCUCGGCACGUACGCCAAUUUGUACGCCAUCGAGGAGUCUACAAAUGCGAAGUUAGCGGUGACUAGUAAGCCGCUCAUGCAAAUAAACGAUUUACCGUUAGACAUAAUUAAAGAGGAUUCACAUAUCAUUCCCGAAAUUCCCAACAGUUUGGAACUUAUUCCUAGAAAAGACAACAUUAAUCAAUUGCCUGACGUAAAUGUUGUCGACAAAACGUUAGAUCUGAAGGUGAAAGACGUUCGGCAAGAGCCGCCAAUACCCGUCGAACGUGUGAUCGUCAGCGAGAAGCCAAAUGUCGAAAAGUCUGAUGGCAUAGCAAUAGACUCUCGUGUGCCAGAGACAAAGAAUGUAGUUGAAACAAUCAAGAAUGAAAUGUUGAACGCGCAAUCACAGGUCGCCACAAACGCCGAUAACGCUAAAAUCGACGAAUCGGUUACGUUGAAGGCGGAAGAGAAGAUAAAGAUGAUCGAGGAGAAGGAGCAAUCGAUGGACUUGCAGAAGAACGACAAUCUCAUUAAUUUGGACGCGAUAAAGAAGGAGGAGUCAGAGCUGGCGGCUGAUGACGGGGACACGGCUAAUGCCAGAGCUGUGGAGCGACACGAGCAGCUCAGAAAAACGUUGGAGAAGCACAAAUUGGAGCAACGCCAGAUGAUGCAGGAGCAAAAGGAGAUUCUGAAGGAUAUCAAGGAGCAAAAGCAGGAAUUCGAGAGGGAGAAGCAGAGAAUGGCGAAGGGCGAGAUAUUGAAGAAGAACGAGAAGGGACAAGUUGACACGAGGGAUAACGCUUUGCCGGAGAGCAAGAGUAAUUUGCGAGAAAACGAUAAGAAAACUGUUGAAAAUAACGAGAUCACUAUCGAGAAGAAUAAGGAAGCUUUGAAAGAGAAGGAAAUUAAUGCUGACAAAAUUGAAUCAAAUGAAAAGCCUCGAGACGAGAAUAAUGUGGACGUCGCGGUUGAAAGUAGCAAGAAAAAGGUAGAUCUGUUUCACGAAGAUUCUCAAAAUAAGAAUGUAGAGGAACCUGCACAGCAAAUACCAGGAAAUGCGCCAGAUGUACUUCUUCCUAUCGAAGAGGCAGUCGCCGAGCGAGAAACAUCGGAGAAAUCGUUACAGAAAAAAAAGCAAGACGAGAGGAAGGUAGAAAGAGUGUUGUUGAAAUCUAACGAUUCCGUAAAUAUGAAGGGUCCCAUCUUGAACGUCUUGUCGAAGGGAAUUCUACAAAGGUCCGCCGUGGGAGAGGGGCUUGCUAAAGAGAAUGAAAAUCAUCGGGCGAAGGAGGAGAAGAGAGAGGUCCUUACGAACGAAGUCGCGAACGCGUCGGACAAAUUGCAGGGGAAAUACGACGACAAGUAUUCCGUGCCGAUAGCGUUAAAAAUGACGAAUCAGUCGAAAUUAGACAAGCCGAUUGUUUCGUCGUUGAACAAGAGUGAGCCGGAGGUUCUCGGUGUACAUCGAGACAUUCUGGAGAAUAACGAACGCGAGAAGAGAGACGUCGACAGAGAGGUGAAUAUGAACGACACGAAGAUCGACGGCGAUCAUCCGACUGAGAAAUCCGAAUCUCUUGCUAAAGACGUCGGCGAUGCGGACGGCGAGACCUGCUCGAAAUUGCAGGAGAGACCGAAGGCAGAGGGGGUAUCGGAGGCGAAGAGGGAAUCCGAGAGAAGAGUAAAUAAACCGAGUACAACUGAAGUGCCUCUGAUUAACACAAACCUUUAUUUGUCCGAGCAGAGAAUAGCAAAGACGAUUUCUGUGGAUCAGCACGCUGCUCUCGACUCGGAGUACGCGGGUGUGAAACAGGAAGACUCGAUGGUUUUCAGUCCUAAAGAUAAAACUGAGAUAUAAACGUCUGAUUCGAAGGAAUCGGAUUUACGCAGCAUAAUAUUAAAUUUGUAAGUCGCGGAUCACUCGUAGCUUUCCAAGUCGCGCGGUACCUUCUUAUUUAUGUUCAUUAAUAUCACAAUUAUUACUAAUUGUAAGUUCAAAGUGCAAUGAGCAUUUCUGUUCGGAUGAGUAUGUGUAUUACGAGAGUAGAAUGAUAUAUUCGUAUGAUUGAUAACAUAAAAUAUAUUUAUAACUUGUACAAUUGUAUGAAUGUGACUUUUAUAUGAUUGCUGUACAUAUUAAUCUGCAUAAUCUGCACACCAUAUUCUUCAUUUUCUUCAUGGCGUGACAAUUGUAAAAAUAAUGCAAAUAUUAGUAUUUAAAGUUUAAGUUAAGUUUAGGACGCGAUAAAGGAGGACCAAAAUACAGAUGUAUUUUUACACAGAAA